AUGGCAUCCAUCACCAUCCUUGCCGCACUCCUGUUCCUCACCUGGUUCCUCCUCACUGUCCUCAUCCUCAUCCUCACCCUCCUCUUCCUUUACUUCAAAGAGACCUACAAGGUCAAAGUUAUCCUCACUCGCCAACCGAUCACCCCCAUCGCCGACCAAACCCCCGAGCGGCCCACAGGAGUACAAGUAAUGUCUCCAGUCAAGCUAACUCCCACUCCCUUUACUGAUCUCCUCAGUGCCCUCCUGGGCUUCUUCCUCACCACCCUCCUAUCUGUCCUCGCCCUCACCUUCAUUGUCCCCCUCACCCUUCGUCUCACCCUUCGCCACCUCAAGAGGGAACACCAGUGGGCCUUCAACAUCGCGGCCACUGCCCAGCGUCCCCUCCCCAAUACCACCACCAACCUCCCUGUCAUCGCUGCCAACCGCGACAGCAACACCCCGACGCAGGUGUACUUUGAGUACAUCAGGGAGCAUCAAGAUUAG